AUGCUCGAGCUUCUCCAUGACGGGCAUCAAGGCAUCAACCGAUGCAAAGCUUUAGCUCGGGAGUCGGUGUGGUGGCCGGGCAUCAACAACCAGAUAGAAACACUGGUGUCUAACUGCCACACGUGUGCCGAAACCAGGGUGCAGCGCUCGAAGCCGAUGCUGCCCUCAACCACUCCAAGUCGGCCCUGGGAAGAGGUCGGCAUCGAUCUUUUUCAUCCCAACGGCCAAGACUUUGUCCUUCUGGUGGGUUACCGGUCACGCUUCCCGGAAGUCAUUAGUCUACGUUCAACCACAGCACUUGCGGUCAUCAACGCCAUCAAGACUGUUUUCGCACGCCAUGGCAUUCCGAGACUGGUGCGCAGCGACAACGGCCUUCAGUUUGCUGCGAAAGAGUUCUCCGCCUUCGCCAAGUCCUACGGCUUCUGCCACGUCACCAGCAGCCCCCAUUUACCACAGUCGAAUGGGGUGGUGGAACGGAUGGUGAGGACAGUCAGACCUGUUGCGGAAGGCGGAUGA